CCACCCAGCCCUGACUCUCUCCCCAGCUCCCUGCUGUGCCGAAGCCCCAGAGUCCCCAUGGCCUGGCUGAACCGAGCCCUGCGUGUGGCCACGGCACGCCCUACCCGGAGCCCUUCCCAGGGCUUGGGACUGCGCACCCUGACCAGCACAGCCGGCCCCACGGCCGAGAAGAACGUGCCAUAUCAGCGGACCCUGAAGGAGCCACGAGACCCCUCGACGGUGUCCCGAGGCCCUAGCCGGCCCCUGCCCAGCACAGCCGACGUGGUGGUUAUCGGCGGGGGCAGCUUGGGCUGCCAGACCCUGUACCACCUGGCCAAGCUGGGAGUGAGCGGGGCGGUGCUCCUGGAGCGGGAGCGGCUGACCUCCGGGACCACCUGGCACACAGCAGGCCUGCUGUGGCAGCUGCGGCCCAGCGACGUGGAGGUAGAGCUUCUGGCCCACACGAGGCGCGUGGUUAGCCAUGAACUGCAGGAGGAGACCGGGCUGCACACGGGCUGGAUCCAGAACGGAGGUCUCUUCAUUGCAUCUAACCGGCAGCGCUUGGACGAGUACAAGAGGCUCAUGUCGUUGGGCAAAGCCUAUGGUGUGGAAUCCCACGUGCUGAGCCCUGCAGAGACCCAGGCUCUGUACCCGCUGAUGAAUGUGGACGGCCUCUAUGGAACCCUGUACGUGCCACACGACGGCACCAUGGACCCCGCCGGCACCUGCACCGCCCUCACCAGGGCUGCUGCUGCCCGAGGAGCACAGGUCAUUGAGAACUGUCCGGUGACUGGCAUUCGUGUGCGGACGGAUGACUUUGGGGUGCGGCGGAUUGCGGCCGUGGAGACAGAAUACGGCUCCAUCCAGACGCCCUGUGUGGUCAACUGUGCAGGAGUGUGGGCAAGCACCGUGGGCAGGAUGGCUGGCGUCAAGGUUCCCCUGGUGGCCAUGCACCAUGCCUAUGUUGUCACAGAGCGCAUCGAGGGCAUCCAGAACAUGCCCAACGUCCGGGAUCACGACGCCUCUGUCUACCUUCGCCUCCAAGGGGAUGCCUUGUCCGUGGGGGGCUAUGAAUCCAACCCCAUCUUCUGGGAGGAGGUGUCAGACAAGUUUGCCUUUGGCCUCUUUGACCUGGACUGGGACGUGUUCACCCAGCACAUCGAAGGCGCCAUCAACCGGGUCCCUGUGCUGGAGAGUACAGGGAUCAAAUCCACGGUCUGCGGCCCGGAAUCCUUCACGCCGGACCACAAGCCCCUGAUGGGGGAGGCGCCCGAGGUCCGUGGGUUCUUCCUGGGCUGCGGCUUCAACAGCGCAGGAAUGAUGCUGGGUGGCGGCUGUGGACAGGAGCUGGCCCACUGGAUCAUCCAUGGGCGUCCAGAGAAGGACAUGUACGGCUAUGACAUCAGACGUUUCCAUCACUCGCUCACGGGCCACCAGCGCUGGAUCCGGGAGCGCAGCCACGAGUCCUACGCUAAGAACUACUCGGUCGUGUUCCCCCAUGACGAGCCACUGGCCGGGCGGAACAUGCGGAGGGACCCCCUGCACGAGGAGCUCCUAGGACAAGGCUGCGUGUUUCAGGAGCGGCACGGCUGGGAGCGGCCUGGAUGGUUCCACCCCCGAGGCCCGGCUCCGGUUCUCCAAUACGACUACUAUGGGGCGUAUGGGACCCAGGCACAUGGCGAGAACUACACCUACCGCAGGCUGCUGGCAAAGGAGUACACCUUCGACUUCCCACCCCACCACGACACGAUCAAGAAGGAGUGUCUGGCGUGCAGAGGGGCCGCGGCUGUGUUCAACAUGUCCUACUUUGGGAAGUUCUACCUGGUGGGGCCGGACGCAAGGAAGGCUGCGGACUGGCUCUUCUCUGCGGAUGUCAGCCGACCUCCAGGCUCCACCAUGUACACCUGCAUGCUGAAUCCCCGGGGGGGCACCGAGAGCGACCUGACCGUCAGCCGCCUGGCCCCCGGGCCCCAGGCCUCCCCGCUGGCCCCCGCCUUUGAAGGGGACGGCUACUACCUGGCUGUGGGCGGGGCCGUGGCCCAACACAACUGGUCCCAUAUCACCACGGUGCUUCAGGACCGGAAGUUCCGGUGUCAGCUCAUCGAUGGCUCUGAGGACCUGGGCAUGAUCAGCAUCCAGGGCCCAGCCAGUCGGACCAUCCUCCAGAACGUGCUGGAUACCGACCUAAGCAAUGAGGCCUUCCCCUUCUCCACCCACAAGCUGGUGAGAGCUGCCGGGCACCAGGUCCGCGCCAUGCGUCUGUCCUUUGUGGGGGAGCUGGGCUGGGAGCUGCAUGUCCCGAGGGCGUCCUGCGUGCCUGUGUACCGGGCCGUGAUGGCUGCGGGUGCCAAGCACGGCCUCGUCAAUGCGGGAUACCGUGCCAUCGACUCCCUGAGCAUCGAAAAAGGCUACCGGCACUGGCACGCGGACCUGCGGCCAGACGACAGCCCCCUAGAGGCGGGCCUGGCCUUCACCUGCAAGCUCAAGACCCCUGUGCCCUUCCUGGGGCGCGAGGCCCUGGAGAAGCAACGGGCCUCAGGUCUUCGCCGGCGCCUGGUAUGCUUCACGGUGGAGGAAAAAGUGCCCAUGUUCGGCCUGGAGGCCAUCUGGAGGAACGGCCACGUGGUGGGCCACGUCAGGAGGGCCGACUUUGGCUUCACCAUCGACAAGACCAUCGCCUACGGUUACAUGCGCGACCCCAGCGGCGGGCCGGUCUCGCUGGACUUUGUGAAGAGUGGGAACUACUCCCUGGAGAGGAUGGGGGUGACUUACGCCGCCCGGGCUCACCUGAAGUCUCCCUUCGAUCCCGACAACAAGAGGGUGAAAGGGAUCUACUGACGCUCCCGGCGGGCAGCGGCCCCAGCUGCUCAGGAGGCCGGAAGCCAG